AUGCCUUCUUCACCUCAUCCGUACCGCUCAGCGGCACAUCAGCUUCAACAUCCGGAACACGCUUCCUUUUCGCCUUCAUCUCGAUCUUCGCCGCUGUACACAUCGGCAAGCCGCAAAUCGCAUGCUGCCUACCGCAACUCGCCAGGUGCAUCCAGUCCCGAGGUGUUCAGCGACAUGGAUCGUGCAGCUCUGCCUUCCGCACAUAUCUCAGCCUCUCGUCCGUACAACGCUUCUGUCGAUCCGUCGCAGCAGCAGCAGCGACCUUCACCAUCCAAGCGUCGCAAACAGUCUAGCGAUGGCGCCGAGCUGCAUGCGUCGUCGUCGUCCAACACCGCCAAGACGCCACCGGGAGAAAGCGCGGGAUCGGAUGGCGCAGCCGACUCCAAACCAUCCACUCGAGUCGCCAAAGCGUGUCAGCCGUGCAGCACCAAGAAGCGUCGAUGCGAUGGACGUCAACCGCAGUGCUCUGUAUGCCAGGUGCUGGGCACGCCAUGCACGUACAACCACACCGGUCUCAAGCGCGGCCCACCCAAGGGCUUUCGUUCGGGUCCAAAGGAGUCGGCCCGGGCCAAGCUCAUUCGCACGCUGGAAACGACCAUUCGCGAUCUCGUCAAUCACCUCGGCAAGGACGAUGCAGGCGCAGAGAUCGUUCGUGUCUCUGGCGAGCGUGAACUUCCCAUCAGCAACGCCCAAGCGCUAGCAGCAGGAUCAGGCCUCGGCGACGCACGUGCCUCGAAGCAAUCGGCUUCCGCAGCAAAGAAAAAGGGCGCCGCGGCAGCACAAGUCAAGGUGGAGGAAGGCUUGCACCCGAGACGCCACCCAUCUGGGUCCUUUGAGGGCUCCAAUGACGUCGGCGCCGAUGUCGACCCGGCGGCUGAAGCCGAGGAAGAUGUGAUCGGCGAGACGCGCCAGGGCGAGAUCGUCUACCGUGGCUCCAGCUCUGGCAUCGGAAUCCUCCAGCGUCAGCACCGCGCCGAGUCUCCAUCUCCUGCUAUUGCCGCUUCUCGGUCCGUCGCCUCGGGCUCAUCGGCGCCCUUUGGCGGGCGCUCUCGUGACGAUCGCGCUACAGCAGACUUGGCAUCCCAUCCGAAACCGCCCGUGUUUCUGCCCAUCUCGUCACCACACAUCGCGGGAGAUGCCGACACUACGAGCUCUCAAGAUCGGUCGCCGGGACGUUCGGGCCCCAGCCAACGCAAGGAUUCGUCGAAUCUGCACAGCCUCUACCCCGACACGAGCAGGGAUGGGCAGAUGUCGGGCUCGAGCGCUUCGGUGCAGGACCCAGUGGUGUCGGUGGAGGAGAACGACCGGCUCUUCCGAUACUACUGGCAGGGCUUCCAUCCGUUCUACCCGAUCUUGUACAAGCCGUGGUUCAUGGGCUUCUCGGGCGAAGAGCUGCGCGCGAGCCUGGAGCCUAGCCUGCUGUACGCCAUCUACUCGAUCGCCGCGUGCGUUGUCCCGGCGAACGCAGCGACAAAGUCGGACCAGGGUAGACCAGCUGCAGACGCGCUGAACCACGAGCGCGCGCAGUCGUUCUGCCAGGCGGCCGAACGUCACGUGCUGGCUAAAGGGCUGCGUCCGGACAUUGCAUCGAUCCAGACAUGCUGGCUGCUCAGCCUAUACUCGCAUGGCACGGGCGAUUUGUCGCGCGCAUGGAACUUCCAGAAUCUAGCGAGCUCGAUGGCCGUCGACAUGGGUCUGCACCGGUGGCCGAUCUACCGCGCGGAGAUCGUGCAGGAUCGGGUGCAGCGCGAGACGCGCAUCCGCAUCAUCUGGCACUGCUACAUCCUGGACAAGGUGCUGUGUGCCGAGAUGGGCCGACCGGUGGGUCUGCGCGCCAAGGACAUCGACGUACCACUGCUGUCCGAAACGGAGGAGGAUGAGUUUGAGCUGUGGUCGGAUCAGCUCGAGAUGCAGCCUGCGGGCGCCUCGAGCAGCCAGCGUGGUGUGGCGACGGCCAAUGCAGGCCGGCGCUUGCAUGCGCCAUCGUGUCUGAACUGGGGCGUGCAUUUGUUCAAGAUCGUGGAGCGCAUCUUGGACGAGGUGCACUCGCUGCGACGCAAGGCGCUGCUGCGUCGGCAGGGCAAGGAGCAAGUGUUGGCCGAGCUCGAUCACCAGCUGACCGAGUGGAAGGAGAAGCUGCCUGCCCACCUCCAUCUGGACGACAGCCCGAACGAAGGACCCUUCCCGAGCUUUUUUGCGCUCAAUCUGUGGUACUACACCGGUCGCCUGCUGUUGCAUCGACCGUUCAUCCCGCAGGAGGAGGGACUGCCCAUGUCGACCGUGCUGGACAACGACAGCCACCGGCAGAGCACUUUGGCAGCCAACACGAUCUGCGACCUGCUCGAAGCGUCGGCGCGCGACAUUGUGGAUCGGCUGUCGACCGAUCUAGGCUACUGCCUGUUCACUGCGGCGGUGAUGUUUGUGUUCAAUGCGCGGUUGCCGGAUGCCAGGAUCGCGUCGGACGCACGCAGGCGGUACGGGCUUUGCGUGCAGUGGCUCAAGAAGCUGGCGGACACGUGGCCGGCGGCGUCUGCGCACCGGCUGCUGUUGGACGGCUUUGCGGUGGUGGGCGAAGACGCGUCCAAGCAGGGCGGCGACGCACCGCAGCGUCGAGCGAGCAUCGCAGCGUUGCAAGCGGCCAAUGCAGGCUCGGGCAUGGCAGCGACGAGCAAGGUGUCGAGCUGGAUCGCCGAAACCGAAGGCGCACUGCAAGGCUCGUCUUCGGCGCGGCGCGCUCAAGAUGGCGCGGCGAAAGACGAGCGCGCCACGACGUCCAGCCAGGAUGCAUCGGCGAUGUCGAAUGCGAACGGCGCGAUGGGUCCGGGCGGACCGGGAGUGCCGAUCUUUGACGAGAGCUGGAGCAAAGGCAGCGGAGCCUUCGGCGGCGGCGGCGGACCGGUGAGCGAGAAUGCGCGCCAGCUGAAUGCGCCCAGCUCGCUCGACUUUGCGCCGGGCAUCUUUGACGUCGAGUCGUUCUUCUGGAACGAGAACGCCACCGCGACGGGUCUGAUGGGCAUGAACUUUACGCCUCUGCCUGGCAACACACCGACGGGGUCUUCGCACGGGCUGAACUCGAACGUAGCUCCCGCGCCGUCGCCAGGCAUGGGCUACGGCGAGUACAGCGGUGGGAUCAUGGCGAGCUUUGGGCCGACGAGCGCGAUGCAGGGGGCAGCGGGUUCGGCCAUGGCGUAUGCCAACAUGCAGUACAGCCAGGCCGGGCGUGGUGGUGCGCAGUCGAUGGCGCCGCCUGCCGCGCCGGGCCAGUCGCGUCAGCCAGCAGCAGCAGCAGCGGCAGGAGGGAUGUAUGGCGGGGCUGGGACUGCAUCAGGGGUCUUGGGGGUCUCGGAGGGUGGUGCGGGUGUUGUUGGGCAGCCCGGCGGAGAUGCAGGCGGAUCAGGUACUGCCGGAGCAGGCAUGCCGACAUCGCCGUUCGCCUUCAAUCCGACCGCUCACAACAUCGGAGAGUUCUGGAGCAUGCUCGAGCUGCCACCUGCGUUUUUGCAGCAGUGA